AUGCCAUUUUUCUCCAACAUCAAGCGAUUCCAUCGCAACAAUGUGUCAACACUGCGUCGGCAGCCCCUCGCAGAGAUCUCGGGCGCGCUUGGCGACCUCGGCACGCUGCUGCCGCUCAUGAUCACCCUGGCCAUCAACGGGUCGAUAUCGCUGUCUACGACGCUGGUCUUCUCGGGUUUCUUCAACCUGGCUACAGGCGUCGUGUUUGGCGUUCCGCUGCCUGUGCAACCUAUGAAGGCCAUCGCGGCAGCAGCAAUAGCCUCCCGCGCCUCCCUGCGCGAGACCGUUGCAGCCGGCAGUGUAACCUCCAUCAUCGUUCUCUUCCUCAGUGUAACCGGCCUACUGCACUGGGUCACACGCGCAAUCCCCAUCCCCGUCAUCAAAGGCAUCCAAUUCGGCGCGGGCCUCUCCCUCAUCGUAUCCGCGGGCUCCUCGCUCCUGCAGCCACUGAGCUGGGUUCGCAGCUGUCCCUUCGACAACCGUAUCUGGGCCAUCGCCGCCUUCCUGGCUCUCAUCGCCACGCAGAAGCUGCCCCGUUUCCCGUACGCCCUCGUCGUCUUCGUCGUGGGUAUUGUGCUCGCCAUCGUGGUUCUGCUCACGGAUUGCUGCUUUGAUGAUGCGCACCACCCGCACUUGCCUUGGUUUGGGAUUUGGCGCCCGUUCGUGACGCUGCCUUCAUGGAGUCCGGAUGCGGUUGGUAUGGGCAUUGCCCAGUUGCCGCUCACGACGUUGAACUCGGUCAUUGCUGCUAGUGCGUUGGCGGCGGACUUGCUCCCGGAUCUGCCUGCACCAAGUGUGACGCAGCUGGGUAUCAGUGUUGCGGUAAUGAACUUGUGUGGUUGUUGGUUCGGUGCUAUGCCCGUGUGCCAUGGAGCCGGGGGAAUAGCGGCGCAGUACCGCUUUGGAGCGCGCAGCGGGGCAAGUAUUAUUUUACUCGGGCUGUUCAAGCUGACCCUCGGGCUCGUUUUCGGUGAGACAUUGCUCGAUCUACUCGCUGGGUUCCCCAAGAGUCUGCUGGGAAUCAUGGUCAUAGCCGCGGGCUUGGAAUUGGCUAAGGUCGGGCAGAGCUUGAACCACGGAGCCUCCGACUUGUGGGAGUCGAGCGUGGAGAAUAGCAAGAAGCACAGAAAUGUUUCCGAUGAUGAGAGACUGGAGCGCUGGACCGUGAUGCUCAUGACGACGGCGGGCAUUCUCGCCUUCAAGAAUGACGCCGUCGGCUUCUUGGCUGGCAUAUUCUGUCAUUGGGCUUAUAGGGCUGCGGACUGGGUGCAGAGGAGGCACGGAUCGAGAUUGGAGAGGAUGCCGUUGUUGGUCAGCUGA